UUAACACAGUCCAGCCUGCUCUCACACAGCAUUUGCAUGUAAGGCAACACAGGAUACAGGCUCCCCGACUCAUAUCGCAUCUUAAACCGGAGUCAGAGUGAGGAAACAGCAUGUCAGGGAAGGAAGCGCUGAAGCUGGUGGGAAAGCACACUUUGCUCCAACUAUUCAGAGUUUUUUUCUGAGUCACUCUAAGAACUCUAAGGCAGAAUCUAACAAUUUUUUUUGAGCAAUUGGUAAAUGUUAGUUGAGGUAAAAAGACAAAAAAAAAAGGAGUCAGGACUUGGGUGGGAGUAGAAACUCAACCUUCACUUUGGUGAACACCCUCGAGUUUUGGAGAAAGAAGGUAUAAAUCGGGAGGAAAUUCUUGAAAUUCUCAACAUCUGCUGUCGCCGUGAACUGCAGGAGCACCGAGUGUCGGGUUGCCGUACGGACACACAGGCAGAGACAAUGAGUCUGUCACGGAACGGGACGCUGGAGAAGACGCUGUCUGAUCACGGCCACUCUGAGGCGCGCUCCUCCUCCAGAGCGGGGUCAGGGGUCGUGGUGCCGCCUCCUUACUCCUUGGGCGGCAGCGAAGCCGCGGAUGGCCCCCUGGAGCUGAGGGGUUCCCUGGACUGCUGGGCCUGCUCCGUGCUCGUGACCGCACAGAAUCUCAUCAUUGCGCUCAUCAACGGCGGGCUGGCCAGCAUAAUCUUCGGCGUCAUCCUAACCCCUGCUCUGGCCAUGAUCAUCUUUGGCUUCCUCUGCCAUUCCACAGUGCAGCCCCACGGAACAUCCGUGUACUGCUCGGACCUGCUGGACGACACCAGCUGUGUGGCUCUGCUGGUGGUGGGCUUCCUGCUGUUGACCCCCCUGCUGGUGCUGGCACUCGCCGCCUACUGCCGCCUGGCUCGGCACCUCCAGCUCGGCAUGUGCUUCAUUCCCUACAGCCGUGCCGUCUAUAAGAACCUGCCAACCUCGCGCCAACGGGGGCCCAGCGCUGGAAGCUGCUGUGGCCAAAAGGAAGGAAAGGAAAGGGAUGGGAAGGGCAGCGUUUGGGUUUAGGAGAGGAAUAUGGUUCAGUUAUGUAAUUGUGUGAUAGUCUAACUGAAUACCCCCAAAAAUCUCAUCAUUUGUAUUGAUUGUUUGCUUUUGUUGAGUGGAGGCUUUUUGUAUGGUCAAUGUGGCUUUAGUAUGCUGUUUGUGGAUAACGUUUUUAUACCUGUUUUACAAUAAAAUGAGCAUUUAACUGCUGAAUUUUACACAGAAGUUUAAAUGUGAAGGCCUGCAAAUUGAAUGUGAAUGCUUCUCUUAACAAGGUCCAAAGGAACGUAACCAAAUCAAAUACAGCAUGCCUUUUUAGUGUGUGCUAUAAACUGCUCGGGUCAAAAAUAACAUGUUUGUGUUACUUUUGACAGGAUCAGUGUCAUAUGGACCAAUCCAGUCCUCUGGUAAUUUUACACAACAGGGUUAGGUCAUGGGUUUGACCAGGCAAAACGUCCCAGGUUAUAAAACAAAACGUGUCUAAUGUUAAAGCUAGAAAAGAAUGACAAUUACUUAAAUAACCUAUAAUCUCAA